AUGACUUGGGUUCAUAAUCUUCAUAAACCAGAUCCAGAUACCAAGAUUGGGCGUGUCAUUGCUAUUUGUGUGGUGUUUCCAACUCUUGCGUUGUUGGCGGUAUGUCUGCGAUUCUAUGUCCGGCUUACCACGAAGCGCACACCGUGGUGGGAUGACUAUACGGUGCUGGCUAGUGUGCUGUUAACGGCGGUUUACGGAGGUCUCACAAUUGCUCAAACUCGAUGGGGAAUGGGAUUGAGCCAAGCAUACUUUCCGGAAGAAAAUGUUAUUCCAUUUAGCAAGAUUCAAUACGCCGGUGGACCUGUUUAUACCCUCGAUCUUUUGGCCUUCAAAGUUGCGCUGCUCGCCUCAUACCUCCGGAUUGGUGGUUUUGUGCAAACUUAUAGGCUCAUCAUAUUUAUCGCAAUUACUACCUGUGUAAUAACACAGUUAAUCUUUACCUUCAUUAUUUCGGCUUCCUGUCGGCCUGUUGCAAAGCAGUGGGAUAUGUCCGUCGAGGGAACAUGCAUUGACACUGUGUCAUUCUACUAUGCUCUUGCUGGAACAAACCUAGGAUUUGAUAUUCUCGUUAUCAUCCUCCCCCUGCCUGUUUUAUGGAAACUUCAACUCCAGCGAAAGCAGAAGCUCGUCUUGACUGCCAUAUUUGCAUUGGGCUUCUUCAUCACAAUUAUCCAAAUAAUUCGAAUCUUCAGUGUGAAAAAUCUGAAAACCGUUACGGACAGUCAAGGUCUCAUCUGCUGGUCGAUUGUUGAAGUUAGCCUUGGUGCAGUGAUUACCUGCAUUCCAACCUACGGGCCUCUGUUCAAGAGCUUCGCGUCAACUAUUUCCUCUUACCGCAAGCAUGGAACGGGGCCCACUUACCCCCUCGACUCGAUGCCCGAGGGCGGAAACGAUACAAUGCGAUCGCGCCGGAAUACCAGCAAUGGCAGCACAUUAGUCCCUCCUACUCUUUCACCAGUGGCACAUGUGCGACAAAAGAAGAGAGGUGCGCUGUCAUCCGUAAUAGAUACGGGUAGCGAAGAACAUAUCCUGGGCGAAGGAGAUAACAUGCAAAUCUACAAGACUAUGUCUUACAAGGUCGAGAAUGGUUAG